AUGGAUCAAAUCAUAACCGUUUUUGUACGUAAACAAUUAAAUUUACUGUUAUUGGAACGAAACGAGAAUUUUACAGAAUUUAUCAAAGACAUUACUCCUGCCAAUGUUUAUAAAUUAGAAUGUAUUGGCCAAGCAUUAUCAAAAUUAGUAAUAACCAAUAUUAUUUACAAAGGUCCCGAACACUUUCAAAUUGACUUGAAACAUGUCGAUGGUUUAUCGUUAGAUCAUAAAUUAUCUAGUGGAGAUUUAAUUGUUUGUAUCAGAUCUAAAGGAAAAGAGCAGAGUAUUAAAGGUGUUAUAAUUGCAAUAGACGUCUCUACAUUAAGUAUUAUUACAAAUAACCAAUAUGAGAAUAUUCAAGAAAAUGAAAGCUUUACAGUUGCUAAAACUGAUUCUACUUUGACAUACAAACGUCAAACAAGAGCUUUAGAAUUUUUGGAACAAAAAGAAUUAUACUCAUCUUGUUGUCUACAAAUCGCUCAGAUUCUUUUUGAUAAUAAUCAAAAUGUAGUACAUAAUCUUAUAACGGCGAAAGAUCCAAUUCCAAAGAAUUGUUUAAAUAAUGAAGGCAGUUUAAAAUAUGCAAACGAAAAUCUUGUUAAAGACCAAAGAUCGGCUGUAGAAUUUGCUCUUAAACAACGAUAUUUUGCCGCUAUUCAAGGUCCACCAGGUACUGGAAAAACAACAACUUUAAUAGAAAUAAUUUUACAGUUACAUCGAAUAGGCAAAAAGGUUUUGAUUUGUGCACCAACUAAUGUAGCAGUGGACAACUUAGUAGUACGCCUCGGUGAAACAGAAUUAAAACCUUUAAGACUCGGCCAUUUGUCAAGAAUAUCAGCGGAUGCAAUUAAAUACUCAUUAGAUUCGUAUUUGGAAAAAGAUGAUGAUAUUGUCAUAUUAAAAGACAUAACAAAAUCGAUAAAGGAUAUUGAAUUAAAUAUUGAAAGUAAUAAGAGCAAAUAUCUAUUUAAAGAAACGAAAGCAUUAAAAAAAGAGUAUAAAAAAAGGUUUAUUAGACUCACUAGCGAUAUUUUGAGAAAAUGUUCGGUAAUAUUGUGCACUUUAAAUUCAGCAUCACCCUAUGACAGUCAAUUGCAACAUGUUCCAAAAGAUUAUUUUGAUGUUCUGAUUGUCGAUGAAGCGUCGCAGGCAAUGGAAGCAUCGAUGUGGAUCGCUAUACCAAAUGCUCCAAAACUUAUUCUUGCUGGAGAUAUAAAUCAACUACCACCAGUUGUCAUGUGCGAGGAAGCAAUAAAGGGUCAUUUGAAUAUUAGUCUUAUGGAACGAGCGAUCAAAAAAUUAAACGAUGACUGCUUUAUUACAUUAACAAGACAAUUUCGAAUGAAUGAAAAAAUUAUGGCUUGGUCGAAUAAGAAAUUUUAUAAUAAUAUUCUUGAAGCAGACAAUUUGGUAAAAAAUCAUUUAUUAAAGGAUCUGAGUCAUGUUAAACAAAAGGACCAUUUCACAAACGAAGCUGUUAUAUAUAUUGAUACUUGUGGAUGCGAGUGUGAGGAGUAUAAUACUGGUAUAGAAUUUGAAUCAAAAGGGAAUUUAGGUGAGGUGGUUAUAGUAGACAAAAUCGUUACAAAUUUAGUAAAGGCAGGUGUGACGCAUAAAGAAAUUGGUGUGAUUACUCCUUAUGCAUUACAAGUCGAUUUUAUUCAUAAAUCAUUUAUGGCCAAAUCAUUAAAUGUCGAGGUCAGUACGGUCGACGGUUUUCAAGGAAGAGAGAAAGAAGUUAUAGUAUUUUCAUUAGUAAGAAGCAAUCAAGAUCGAGAACUGGGUUUCGUUACCGAUUUUAGGAGGCUGAAUGUUGCAGUCACAAGAGCAAGAAGAUUACUAAUAGUUAUAGCGGAUAGUGAAACUAUGGAAAAAGAUGAAUUAAUUUUGAGUCUUUUGAAGCAUAUCGAAGAGAAUGGCUUGUUGCAGACUGCGGAAGAAUAUUUGUCUAAUACAAUCGAUAGUGAAAUAGAGCAGAUUACAAAUAUUUCGCAAAGCAACUUAAGGCAUAAAGUAAAGCCAAAAGUAAAAUCUUUAAAACAGGAAAAUAAUAAAAAGCCUAAAACUUCUGAAAUGAAAGAUAAAAAAAGAUUUGAUGAUAAAAUAAGAGAAGUCGUACCAAAAUUGAGAAAUAAAGGAAGUUCGAGUGAUUCGAUAAUAAAUACGAAUAUAAAUAAAUACAAUAUAUUUGAAGCCAUUGACGGAACCGAGUUGGAUGAAGAAGCACAAAAAUCAGAAGAAACUUUUAAAUUACCGGAUUCUGAUGUCUCGCACAAUUUAAAUAGAAAAGAAAGGCCAAAGAAAAAACAAGAUGACAUAGAGAAUAAAUCCAAUGAACAUAAAAAAAUGGAUGAUUUUGAUAAAAUCAUUGACGAGUUUAAAAAAUCUAAUUCUAUUUGCUCGUUCAAUGGAUGUAAAAAAUCAACUAAUCUUAUAAAACUUGUUUGUGAAUUUUGUAAAAAGUGGUUUUGCUUAGAACAUGGUAUGCAAGAAAUUCAUGGUUGUGGCAAUGCUAUUCGUCGAAAAGAACAAAAGGCAUUUAAACGCAGAAAAUUAAAAACUAUUACAAAGCAAGAUAAGGAAAAAUUUUCACAAAAACUUAAGAACCUGGAGGAGGCUCGUAAGCCUAACAAAAGAACGUAAAAUAGUUACUUUUGAUUCAUAUAAUGAAAAUAAAUUUGUUUUGUUUUGUCUAUGCGACAAAUUUUUUUAUUUAUUUUUUUUUUAUUAAAAAUACUUAUUUACAAAGUUUAUCUCAAUUACGAUUCACCAUACCUUCUUAAAUUAUAUAUAGUAAAUUCUUCCAAAAAUCAAUUUAUUAAAAAAUAAUAUGGCUAG